AUGAAGGAAAACCAUUGGGAAACGAUAGGUCAUGCAAAAAACGUUCCAUUCAUAUAUCUUCUACCUGACACUGCCGUCAGUUGUAUCUGUCCUCCUGGAUUCAAGGGCAACAAAUGUGAGAUUAGCGAGUACGACGAAAUUACAGGUUGCCAUCUGGAUAACGGCGAGGAUUGCUUCCGCCAGUGCAUCUACACCGAGGACGGCGGCAAGGACGCUUGCAAAUGUGAUCAAAGCAUAUCGUCUUCCGCUCGUGGUCGAUCCAAGUACGGUGUCACCGUGCGAAUGGCAAACUCAUCAUAUUUUGAAACCAAUGAAAAUGGCGACCGCCAGCUGAACGAGAAUAUGGUCAACCUGUUGGAGAAACAUAUAAGCCGCUUCCUGAGAAACUCAAAUUUGUCCAAAAUAACUGACCUGGAAGUAUUUCCCGGAAAGACCAACAACGAGGUAACGAUUCAAUUUUUCGGCGCAAAAAUUGACUCCACCCGGAUACGAGACGCGAUGGAGCGAAUGGUGGAGCAACGGGGACGAAGCUUCGGUUCCAGCAGCGGCAGUAGCUCCAGCAUCGCCUUCGCUUCCCACAAGCCCAUUUUUCGCCAGGAUGCCGGUUUAAUGCUGCAGUCCGUGGUCGUCAAUCAGAAGAGCCCAGUGCGUGAAAAUACCGAGUUCAUCCUGUCCUGCGUGGCACAAGGAUCAUCGACGAUGACUUUUCGCUGGUACAAGAACGGUUUCUUCGUAAACGUGACAAAGGCAACACGCAACAUGUGGACCCGGUUGCUGCCCUUGGACUCCAAGGAUCACUAUACGGCACUGUUGGGUAUCACCAAGGCGAGUCGACUCGACGAAGGCAUUUACACCUGUCAGGUUAACGAUAUGGGAAUGCAGCAGUGCCGUUCGACGAAAGUGCAAAUCCUCGGUGCGCCCCAGCUUCGGGUCGAUCCUCCUAGUGUGACACUUUUUCGAGGCGACUCGUUGCUCAUACGGUGUCUUUCCCAGGACUCCGACCAGCAGUACGGUACCCUCGGCUACAGUUGGACCAAAAACGGGGCCCUAUUCCAGUCGGCACCCAAAUCCGAGCUCUGGGAAGAUCUCUACCCGGAUGGGAGCAUCCUGAAAGUGAAAAAUCUCCAGAAAUCGGUCGUCUACACCUGCAUCGUCUCGAACUCGGUGGCACCGAUUUCGAAAAGCGUUCACGUAACUGUCGUUGAGCCCGGAUCAGUGACACUGUGCCCGAAAAAUGCGGAUUACGGGGUGAACUGGCCGGCAAGUGCAUCGGGCCCCGCAGUGCUGGCGGACUGUCCGAAACGAGGCGAUGGUCAGGCCAGAAGGAUUUGCGAACAGAGAGAUUUCGGGCGCCCGGAAUGGCUGACGCCGGAUUUCUCCCAGUGCGUUUCAGACGCUGUCAUUGAGAUUGAGAACGAGUUCCGUGGGCUUACUUUCGGCUAUCAGAAAACGAAUGGAACCAACGUGGUGCAGUCGUGCUUGGAAUAUGCGAUGAAACACUACGCCGGCUUCCUGCCCGGUGAGGGUGGAGUGCUGCUGAGAUUACUGCUUGAGAUUUUUCGCUACAUAGAAAACACCGGAACUCAGCACGAGCAGGAGGUGGCCUCGGACAUUAUUCUACGCGUGGUUGACGUUAUUAUGCAGAAUAAAUUAUCGUUGAAUAAUCAACAGCAAAUCAAGCAACUACAGGAUCUAGUCCAAGCAGCCGCGUUGAACCGCGAAACCACCAUGGCCGCACCGAUUUCCUCUUCCUCGUCACUGUCGUCAUCCUCCUCGAAGGCAUCACUCGCUGCGACCACAACCGUGACACAUCAGCUUAAUUCGUUCUACUUGUACACGGAAUCGGUCAAAGGAUUGCCGUUUAAUUUGCAGAUAUAUGGCGAUCAACUGUACUCGGAUCAGCUGUACAUGGAAAUGGCCGUAACCAGCUCACUGCUGGAUAUAGUGUCCAACGGGACCGUGCUGGUGACCGUAAUUUCAUACAAAAACCUAACAACCUUUUUGCCCCGAUUUUACUUUGCCAAAAACAGUUUCGGAACAGAUAUCGAUUACAUCCCGGCAUCGAAAAUCAUUUCCACCUGGCUGUACUACGCCAACCGCACCGGAUAUGAACCGAACCGACCGUUGCACGUGCCCCUGGAGUCUGCUCACGUGGAAAUCAUCUUCCAGCACGAGAACUCGCCAACCAGCGAAUGGAUACCGUUAUGCGGGUACGACGCCAAAGCAACGUUCGAGCCAACGUGGCGCACCGAUCUAUGCAUCACCGAGAAUCUGAUAGAGAACAUCACCCGGUGCAUUUGUCCAUUAUCGGGAACAUUUGUGGUGCUGCUGGCCAAAAAGAACUACAACGCCUCAGUUCCCAGAACGUCAGCCCGGCCGAUUCUGGUGGUGAUGAGCUGCGGAUGUUGCUUCCUUCAGUCGUGCAUCGCCUUUGCCAUCAUGUUGCCGAUUCUGUACCAGCGGAGAUGCUGUGUAACCUUUUUAAAAAUGCAAUUCUGUUCCGCUACAUCAUUGGCGAUGGCAAUUUUCAUCCUGGGACUGCUGCAGCUUUUCCCGUCGGAAUGGUACAACGUGGUUAUCGCUCUGCUGACCGCAUUUUUGCUCCUCAGCUCGUCAUCGCUGAUUGCCAUCACCGUACUGGUGACGACUGAGUUGGGUCCCCGGAAGCUGACGGCCGCUACCAGCACCCUGGCCACCGGAAUUUCGGGCAGCAUCGGACUAAGCUGGUUCCUUCCGAUUCUCUGUGCCACAUCGACACCCCUGGUUUACAGUGUCAUGGUUGAGGCACCGACACACUGGUGGCACACUACAGACUCGUUCGGUUUCAUUCUUUUCAUCGUCAUCGAGUUACUGUUUGUGAUACUGUUUUUAUUGCUGUUUCUGACCCUGAUGAAGAAACUUUUGUACCUAGCCAAAAAGCACGACAAGCACAACACUUCCAUACUGAGAAGGAUAGGACUGCUCUACCGGACCGCCAUGCUGUUCGUGUCCAAUGUGCUGUGCCACUCGUUCUACUUGGUGUACUUGAACACCGAGGACCUUCUCGGCGGUUACGCCUUCAGUGUUAGCAGUAUUAUCAUGGGAUUCUGUAUACUGUUCAGUUUCGUGAUAAAGGCUGAAGUGAAACACGAAUCGGAGUCCACAAGUAGUAAAUCUAGUACCAAAAAUAGUUUAGACGAUAAUUGUUGUUCGGGAUCAAUAAAUAGUCCGUUAAGUUUUUAUACUACCCAAGAUCUAGAUAAGGAAAAUGAAUGUAUGCCUGCUAGUGGCAAAACAACGAAAAUUCCGCUGACAAUACUGCCCUCGCCAAGUCAGCCGCAGCAACACCACCAUCAAACUCAGCUGCCCGGCCAUAUCACAACCAUCGAGCCGUGCAUUCAUGGCGAUGUCCACAGCGUGGAAACCUAUUUGGGUGGUGGCAUUACCGGAGGGACGGCCGGCAACUGCAACAUCGUUGCGCACGAGUAUGAAAGUGCAAAAACAGCUACAUCCAGUGCUCACAAUUUGUGCAAUUUCAAUGCAAACACUGCGCGAUGCUGUGAGCUGUGGGGCCAGCGGCAACAUCAUCAUCACCACCAUCAGCAUCAUCAGCCGCCGGGGACGGCAGCAUCGGGGGGACCGGUCGGGAUCCCACUGGAUAAUACCACGCUUAUAUCAACGGCAGCAGUGUCUCUCCCGUCCGGUGGUGUGAUAGGUCAGUUCGAUUGGCACCAGCAACAGCACGACCAGUCCCAGCAACCGACGAUCGUCGGGUUGGGGAACUGUGCUAGUGGGAACGGGGGUGGAUUGCGAGAAAACUCUUUUCCACAUCAGGGCACCGUCAGUGCAACAAAGUACUACAUCAACAACCAGCAGCAACCAGAAACGAACGAGUUCGUUGGCGUUGGAGGACUGGAUAUUCUGAAAGGUGUUGGUCAAGACAGCGUAAUAGGAAUUCGCAGCAUGGCUCUCGAUAAACCAGCACCAUCUCCUGCAACCUCAAUCUGUCUGCUGCAGCAGCAACAGCAACCACAACAACAACAGCCACCUCCAGUCGGCAUGAUGGUGAUGGUAGGAGCUCCUUCUGCACUGAUACCAACUAUUGCCUCGUUACCGGUGGUGACAGCAGCACCUACGGUAUCACUAGCUCCUACGGUGGUGGAGCACCAUCAGCACCAUCUGAAACCACAAACAAUAACAGGGCAGCCGUCGGUGACCCAACUACCGGACACAGUCACCGCUCCCAUAAUAACAGUGACCGGAAUCGAAGAACCGGAUCGCAUCGACGGUAUGCUGGACCGCAUUUCGCACGAUCUGGACUAUCUACUUAAUCGUACCUCUGAGGUGCCUACCGUAGUACCUAUUCAGCUGCGGCAAACCUGUGGCGGCGCCGUUAGUAAUAGCAGUAGCAGUAACUUUGUAAAUAGUAGUAGCGCAACUAACAGCAACAAUGCAAACGGUGAACCAACGAAUGAUGGUGCAGUCUGUCAAAAACAGCCACUAAUAGCGUCUUGCCACAGUGUUCACGAAGUAAUUAUCGAAGAGUCUGAAGAAGUAGAUAGCUAAAUGUUCCUCUCAUCGCGUUCUAAACGCAUGUCCCUCGCACUCAACAUGUGUUUAUUUUCUGGGUGAUGGCAUCCCCGUUAUACUGAUUGGCUACAAUUUUCAUUUUCCUCUUAUGCUGACGACGAAGAGACAUUUCACAAUUUACGCAGUCGGUUCAAAUACGGUUACGGUUCCGUACAGGGAAGAGUUGAAAGCGCACUGUUCAACAGGCACAAGUAAGCAUUUUUUUUUUCGAAGGAAUCAAACCCACCCAACGGUUGUGCUUCUCGCUAAUGAUCCCAAUUCCCCGCUGUCAACAACAUACCCUGUACCACGUUAAUGUAGAAAACGACCAAAUUUUCCCACAGAACAACUUCUAUUUUACCGCUACGUUCGAAUGAUACGUGCGUAUCGAACACAAUGAGCACAAGCCGCUACAGGGUGCCAUCGACAGGUUUCGAUAAAUUGAUUAAUUUUAAUUAAAUAAAGUACUUGACGUUAGUAUCGUAUCAUAACGUGAUGCUUUUUGGGAGGAUAUUUUCAGAAGAACAGGAAGCAACACGUUGCAGGAAUUUUGGUUACCGAUACCAGCACACUCCAGUUGACAGUCAGUCGGCUUUAUUACCCUUUCACACCCAUAAACGAUCCAAUAACUGUUUUCGUUCGUGUAGAUCGUGAUGCUUGUCUUUCUGUUGUAUACACACUAAAUUAUUAUAAUUCGAUGAAUAUUUGAUUAUUCCAAGAUAAAUUAAAUAAAAGUUUGAACUAACUAGUUGUGCGAUUCCAUCGGAUCAUGGCCAUUACCAGGUUAAUUGAAUCGGUUGCUAGCGUUUCUUAGAAGAGUCAUGUUUCCGAGGCAUUAAAAUAGUUCGGAAUUAAUUAACCGACGUCAAAGCGUUUAAAUUUCUCAGAACUCAAACGAUGUUGCGAUGUGCGUACAUUGAAACACGUGUAGUUUCGUCCGUUGAUCAGCUGUCACCAGUCGGAAGUCGUAUUAGAGCAAAUAACCGUGCUUACACGUGUCCCAACCGCUACUGGGAGGUUUAUUGUGAUUGUUUCGAUUCCUGUAUCAUUUUAUAUGAAGCAACGAACUGGAUAUUAACGGCUAUUAUGUCAUAGUGAUGAUGUGUAGCAGAUAUUUAGUGCUUUAGUGAAGUUCUCUACGCCAACCGUUUAGUAAUGCAUUGAUUCCUAGCUUCCUAGUUGAAGCAACCUUAUUCCAAUUGAUUUGAGCCGAUUAUAACCAUUAGCAACUGGUUUGUUUUUCGAAUCCGGGUAGAAUAUUCUCUAUCUAGCAGCCCAUAGGAAUGUAUAACAAAUACGACUAUAUUCAGACUGGUUAUAAAGAAGGUGGAAAAGCACUUGUAGAACAUAAAUAAUGUGUGGUCAAAUAAGAAUGAGUAGAAAUCGGCCAAACUUUGUUUUGUAUUUAAAUAUUUAAAUAAUUAGGGAAAUAUACUCGCUCAAGCUUUCUUCGAGGACUAACAAACUAACUACUCUUUGGUUGCAAGAUACCAAACAAUUGUAUUGUUUGAAACAAAAAGAACAAACAUAAAUUUUCUGGUUGAUGAUCCCGGUCACGGAAUAAAUAACACUCUACGAACCACAGAAUUAGACAGUUUAAUGAGUUUGAAAAUCUCUGCCUUCUUCUCCUCCAGUACACUGUUUAGAGUUUGUUUUGACGUCGUAGUUUUCGCAACAUCCGGCUUCUGAUUUUCACUCGAUUCAGUCUUCGUGGCUGUGGAAAAAUGUACUCCGAACAUUCUCAUUGUUUUGGUGUCCAAAUAAUUUGGCCGCAUUUAACAAUUUCGACAAUUUACCGACCAAAUAGAGCAAAAUUUAAUAUAAAAAUCAAGAAAUUGCUUGCUUUCGUGUGAUGAAAUCAGAACACAAUUAUAUUGUUUGAAACAAAGGAAAUAAACGUUUUUCCACAUAAAUUCUCUGGUUGAUGAUCCCGGUCACGAAAUAAAUAACACUCUCUACAAACCACAGGAAUCGAUGGCCUUGUCUUUUCUUCGACAGUUUAUUGUGUGAAAAUCUCUGUCACUCCUCCUCCAUCAGCUGCCUCAUCGUAUCCCUGACCAGUAAACUGUUUAGAGUUUGUUUUAACGCCGUAAUUUUCGCCACUUCCGACUUUUGAUUUUUCCUCGAUUCAGUUUUCGUGGACAUGGAAAAAAGUUUUCCGAACAUUCUCAUAGUUUUUGUGUCAAAUAAUUUGGCCGCAUUUAACAAUUUCGACAACUAAGCAAAUAGUCCGGAUUUAAUAUAACAAUCAAGCAAUUGCUUUCGUGUGAUUAAAUCAAAGCAUGCUAGGAUGGAACCGACGUACGAGUCAGCGAUGCCUGCGAGGUUUUUCGUAGGUAAACAGAUUUUUCUAUUCGACGUAUCUACAGAUACCCGCAUACGCAUGGCUGCCAGACGGGUGACUAAACGCUGCCAGCUGGAAAAAUAUGGCUGGCAGACAUUCUGGUGACCGGCUGCCUCACCGCUGCCAGGAAUACAACUCAAACGAUACAACCGUAUCCACCAGGAUUUUUCCACAUUGAAAUCUUUGACAUUUUCAGCGAAGGUGAGAAGAUGAAAACGCUCGGCUAACUUGGAUACAGGCGACUUUGUUUUGUCAAAUUGGAUUUGACAACCGUAACUGAAUCAAUUUUGGUAGCCUUCUGGUGGCCAUGGCUGCCCAGGUAGCCAAAACGCUAUGCGGGUAACGGCUCUUAAGGUCUGAGGACACAGAGCCACGUGUUGAGUUUUAAAUCGACCACGUGGCUCGCUCAAUUCCCUUUGCGCAUCGUAUUUCUCUUGUACUCUCUCGUAUAUGAGCAAACUGUACCGGGUUACCAACAUACAUUUUAUUAUUUUGAUGAGAAGUUUUAUCACAUUAAUCUAUCGUAUGGGUUGGACAUUACAUGGAUUCCAAUGAACAAUGAAAAAAUAUUCAACUUUCACAAAGAUUGAAUCUGUGUGUUUGGCAGCCUUGUCGAGCACAUUUUAUUUCUCUCUCCUUUUUCAGAAUGCUAUCAGGAAACCAAAGCGAAAAAAAUGGUGGAUGCAUUGAAACUGACUUUGUUUCACAGAAAAAUACAAGACUUUAUUUUUAUCGCGAUAACAUAUAUGUUUUUAUGUACUAAUCGCAUCUAAACUAAAUUAUCUAGACUUUGUCACGGUAGAUUUAUGAUACAAGCCUUCAAAGCCGAGAUAUUCGAUGAACAAGUAGAGGUAUGCAUUUCCGAGCGUUCCAAUUUUCAGCAGCUCUUCAGUCAGAAAAAAAUACAACACGACCGCUAAACUCAAUGAAUCAUUCUGAAAAUUUCACAGAAUAUUCUCAACUAUAUUUCAAAGACAUUGUCAGGUGGGUUUUUCUAUAUUCUGCACCGUUUCCAAGAAAACGGGAAAAUCCGUUUAAUUUGAAACGGGAAAAUAGCAAAAAACCUACCACUUUACGGUACUGUCCUCAGCCUUUAAGGGCUCUUAGGCCAGUGUGUAUUAGGGCAUUUUAGAGGGCUAUUUUCAAGCUUCAAAUCCGAUUUUCUCAGAAACGGUGACGACUAUCAAAAAACUCAACUGACAAUCUCUUAGAAAAUUAAUUUAGAUUAUUCUGUGCAAAUUUCAUAACGAUUCAUUGACAUUAGCGGUCAGGAAGAAUUUUUUUUCUGAAGGAUGAAUUGCAUAGCUGAAAACGCCGUCUUUCAACUUGUUCAUUGAAUAUCUCGCCUUCAAAAGCAUGGAUCAAAAAUCUAUCCUGACAAUGACUAGAUAAUUUAAUUUUGAUGCGAUUAGUGCAUAAAAACAUAUAUGUUGUCGCGAUAAAAAUGAAGUGAAUGUUAUUUUUGUGAAGGUAAGUCGAUUUCUUUGGCAGCGCUUUUGGUUUCUGCACUUGUUUCCCAGUAACGUAACGAAACAUGAAAGAGAAAUAAAAUCGGCUCAGCAAGGCUGCCUAACAAGCGGUAGCUUUAUUGGAUUUCAUGUGAUGCAGUCAAACUUGUAACCGAAAAUAACAAAACUUUCUUGGCCACUCGACCACAUCGAGAGUCAUUUUGCACAUUCGCGAGAGAGCAUGGAGGGAAAUGUAAUACGCACAGCGAGCCACGUGGUUAUACGCGACCUACUGGCCUCAGCCCUAAGGGCAUAUUGACCAGUAGUGCCGUAUUAAGUCUGUAUGCCCACAAAAUAAUAAGUUCUGCAAACUAGAAGAAUUUAUCAGACAGUUUUAUGGGAUUUGUACCUGUUUUUGACCAUCGUUCAUGAAACAGUACUCAUGAAGAUAAUGCCUUGAACAGCUUGCGAAGCUCGGGAAUAUUAUUCUAAGCUGCCCGAUUCCUAAGUGUUAUUUCAAUUUAUUUAAAAGUUUACGCGACGCAACUGAACAAAUUUUUAAGCAUCUUCUGAAAUACAUUGUUUAGCUUAUCAGUAGCGAGAAAAGAAGUUCCACGUGGUUUUUAGGCAACGAAAAAGUUCUCAUGGAAUUUUUUCUUUACCUUCAAGUUAUCAUAAGUGUACUUUUAAGCUGCGAGAAAGUGAAUUUUUCAGGUAUUGUGGAACUUUUGAUUGCUUGGGUUUAAUUCUGUUGUACCUAGGUGUCGAUGGCGUUGAACCAACGUUCAAAACUAGUUUUAAACAAUUGGCUUAACAACUGUUAAUGAGAAAAUUGAGUUAGACGCGGCAUCAAACGAAAAUGACUUCACUAUACGACUCUAUUAACUGUCAAAGGUAAAAAAAAAAACAAUUCUAUGCUUGACAAUUUGGUUUGGAUAGUGGUUUUUUAUAUUGAUCCCCGUAAAUUGUGAAACACGUCACGUUAUCCUAAAUCGUAGAUAAUACAUAGUUGUAUUAUUGAAUUUCUAAUGAUAUGACAAACAACUAGAAUAUAUGAUCCUGUUUACAGAUGAUAUAAUUUUUGUAAAUAAUAGAUUGUUUUGUACAUAUGACAUUUUUAAAGAAUGAAUAUUACUGUCAGUCACCUAUUUUGUUAUUGUUUAAUUUAGUGCAACCCAGAGAAACAGAAUAGCACUGCUAAUGUAAACGAGUUCAGAUAAUAGGAUGAUAACGGGAUUUAAAUGCAAACGCAUUUAGUUCCAAUUUGUACAGACUGAUCCAAUAUAGUCAUAUAAUGAGUGAAAACUUUUUCUACACACCCUACAUUGCGACCGAAGACGAGUGUUGCACCCUUAUUUUGUCUACCAACUUCAGAAAUAAUCCGAAACAAGUGAAACGAACUUUUUUCUAACUCUAUUGAGCGAAUAAAACAAAAUUUCUCGCGAGAAAAUUCAAUGAAACUACGAUUUUGUACACAUUGGCAAAAAAUAAAACCGGCCCAAUAAAUAAACUUGAAGAAAACAAUUUAAAAUGA